AUGCCUUCGCCAGCCAGCCACACGACCUCCCAAAACUCGGACCUCGAGACAAAAGAGAUUUCGAAAAUCACUCCGUGUCAACCAUGUCCAGAAGACACCCGCAAACGCAAAGCCUUCGUCUCCCAAUUCCUGAAGGCCAACUUUGCCCCCCUCGCCAAGUCAAACCGAUCAUACAUCGACACAGGUGCGCUCGAGCAUAUGGCCAUCAAGUGCCUACACGUUGACUUCAACACCGGGAGACUCAGCAAUGGCGUUGCGCAAUUUAUCGACCCCAUCCCCCCGAGCAAGAUUGGUGAAUGGCUGGCUGUUACGAAGCCGUGA